GAAAGGUCGUUUGUACCUCAUUAGGGGAGGAACUACGGCGAUAUUGUUUAUGUUAGUUAGGGUGAAACGUGAUCUCCCGUUGAAGGCUGGUCUACUGCUUGGUCGACGUCCGACAACAUUCCUCGCUGUGGGGAACAGACCGGCGUCGUAAAUCAAGUUUGAUUCGAGCGAGAGGAUGAAUGCGCUUAUGAUCAUUGCAGUGCGUAAAGGAUUCACCGAAUCCUUCAAACAGCAAAGGCUUCCUGUUUCCACUUUCAUGAUACCAAGCCGCCUCCAGUCGACAGUACCUGUGGUUGCUGCUCGAAUACCCUGCAGAGUGAAAGUGUCCGCUGGGAAGCGUUAUUCAUGGUGCGCAUGUGGACACAGCAAAAAGCAGCCCUUCUGCGACGGCGCGCACAAGACCAAAGCGCCGGGCAUCCCUCCGGUGCGCUUCACCCCUGAGAAGGACGGACACCUCUUCCUAUGCGCCUGCAAACAGACGGGGAACCAUCCGUACUGCGACGGGACGCACCUCAAAGUGAUUCUCCAGGACGUGGUCAAGUCAGUGAAGAAUGUGUUUAAAUCCUAAAGAAAAGUCCAAUGUUGUCAUUUUCUCGUAUGCAUGCAGUAUACUAUUUUUUUUUCUGUACACCAAAUGUCAAAAUGUUUGUUUUAUAAAUAAAUAAUGAUAUUAAUUGUGAUAAAGGAUUUUAAACAAAAAGUCA